CCACAUCUAACUUGUGAAAUCACGGUGCGGUGCUUGAACUUUAAAGAUAUUCUAGAAAUUCUGUGGCAAUGGAGCAAUUCAAGGGUCUGAAAAAAUCCCUCUAUGUAUGGACGGAUAGCGCUGACCUGGAUAAGCGUGUGGAGCAACUGAAGACAGCCACCGGGGGCGAGGUGGCCGUGGAAAAUGUGCAUCGCCUUUCGUUUUCGUCCUAUGCCAACUCCAGUUUCGACCUGAUCGUGAUUGAGUGCGCCCAGCUGACCGACAGUUACGUAAAACUGCUGCACAUGCUAAAACCGAGUGGCAAGCUGCACUUGGUGUCCUUCAUCGGACCGGCAGCUAGUCUGCUGCAGGAGAUAAAGUUGUCCGGCUUUAUUAACUGCCGCGAGGAGGCAGCUGAUGCCCUGACUGCCGAGAAGCCGGGUUACGAGACGGGCUCCUCGGCCAGACUGUCCUUUGCCAAAAAGAAUGCCAGUGCUGUGAAUGUAUGGAAGAUAAGCGGCGACGAUGAGGAGCUGAUCGAUGAGGAGGAUCUGCUGGACGAGGAGGACAAACAGAAGCCAGAUCCGGCCGGCUUGCGCGUCUGUAGCACCACGGGCAAGCGCAAGGCCUGCAAGAACUGCUCUUGCGGCUUGGCCGAGGAGUUGGAUACUGAAAAGGCGAACCAGAAGGCCACCGAGAACGCCAAGUCAAGCUGCGGAAAUUGCUAUCUGGGCGACGCCUUUCGCUGUUCCACUUGCCCCUACCUGGGCAUGCCCGCCUUUAAGCCCGGGGAGAAGGUGCAACUGGGUGACAACCUCCUGAAAUCCGACAUUUAGCUUAGCCACUCCAUGACACGCCCAACCAAUCACAUUUCAAAUAGUUUAUUAAGCCGACUUACUAACAAACAAUAAUGUCAUAAUGUAAAUACAAAAAUGCACCGCGCCACAAA